AUGUCUGGCUCCUGGGGGGCCAGAAAGCCCAUCCGCGUGAAACUAAAACUGAGCGUACCUGAGAUCAAGGCAGAACUUCUCGAUGAGAAUACACUCGCAGAACCAAAUACACCAAACAUUCCAGCAGAUAGCUCCCCUCCUCAUCCAGACCACAUUCUCACGCCUCCUCCCGCCCGCACGCUCGCUUCGCGGCGUUCGAUUCAUCCAGACCCGAAACAAAGUCGCACCUACAUCCCCCGUGAAAGCGAUAUCAGUGCCCUAGACAUUGGGCCAAGGCUCACUCGGUCUCAAUUACAACCCGUCAGUCUUCCAAGAAUCAUUCAGCCUCCCUUGGCCGCACGUACGGGGUUUAUGCGAUCAAUCCCAGUGGCCGCUCGUUCACGCAACUCAGAAGCCGUGAAAGCUACAGAGAAUGUUCAAGUCGACUUCUCUGAUCGAGACUCUGAGGUACCUACUUCAGACAAUCCAUCAAUUAGCCCAGAAAGCUUCUCAAACGGUACUUGUCGAUGUGACGAGAUGUAUUCCAUCCCCAAUCCCUUUGAUAUUCGUUGUCCACAGCCAAUAUUACCAGUCAAAUUUCGACGCUAUGACAUUGAGGAAUUAGAGGCCGAGGCAGUCACAUUCAGCAGCAUCAUGUCAAUUAAUCCCGAAGUUUUUCACCAAGAACGUCGCCGGAAUCUCGUGCUUCGACUCCUCGAACGAAGACCUCGUGUAUGGAAGAGAACGGUCAUACGGGACAGUGACUUCCUUGGGCUCGGUUAUGGCAGCGGAUUCGAUGUGGAUCUCGUGCUCAGUGACAGACAUUUUCAUCAUGCGAUCAAUCUUGACCCGCAGACGAAAGAUACGUCUCAUUCACAGCCACGGUCCCCUCAAGCUGUUCCGCCCUGGAAUGCGACAGACUCGUAUCCCGAUAUUUACACUGCAGUUACGGAUGACUACAACUGGUCCCAGGAGGUUCACAAACGGUUGAAAGAUGACAGGAAAGCGCUCGAUGAGCGGGAGGCUCGGCUGGAUGAUAUUCAAUUCGAGGGGCCCAUGGUGGCAGAUGAUCCACCGAUUGAGGAUUUUAUGUAUGAAGGCCAAAUAGUCGAAGAGUUUUGA